AGGAUGUUUACUAUAGUGGGGGAGUCUAGGACCAGAGGACACAGAUAGAGUGGACGUGGAGAGGAUGUUUCCUAUAGUGGGGGAGUCUAGGACCAAAGGGCACAGCCUCAAAAUUGAGGGACGUCCCUUUCAUACAGAGAUGAGGAGGAAUUUCGUUGACCAGAGUGUUCAGAUCUGCUGUUCUUUGCCACAGGCGGCAGUGGAGGUCGGGUCUUUAAGGCAGAGAGAGAGAGGUUGAUCGGUCGGGGGAGAAGGCAGGAGAGCCGGGCUGAGAGGGAAAUGAUGAUGAAGUGGCAGAUCAGACUCAAUGGGCCAAAUGGCCUUGGAUCUGUCCCGGUGGAGGGACGCGGGGCCAAAGUUUCUCUGUUACGUCGAUGUUGACUUUUGUCGUGUCACGCGUUCGAGUGUGGGGGGCACUUUGAAAAUAAACUUUUGUCUGCCGUGGGGACGGUUUGUUCCGAGCUUUUGUCAGAAAAGCAGCAGACUCUAAACGGUGCAAGUGCAGGCAGCAGCACCUGAGUGACCCCCCAGCGUGAGGAAGAUGGAUCUGAAGAGCAGCCCCGAAGACAAGUUCUAUUUCGUCCAGAUCAUCUUCUUCGUCCUCGGCGUGGGAGUUUUGCUCCCAUGGAAUUUCUUCAUAAACUCUAUUCCCUACUUUGAGGACCGGCUUUCCGGAAACACCUCUGCUCCCAGCAACGGGACGGAACCGGCCGUUGACGACUGGCGCUUUGCGAACUGGAUGACCCUGCUCUCGAUGCUCCCCCUGCUUCUGUUUACGUGCCUGAACUCCAUCCUGUACCCCAGGUACGGUACACGUUAACC